CUGUAGUCAUGGCUAAUGAUACAAAGGCUCUAUGGUCAUGUGAUCCCUCUUUUUUGUUCUGUUUGAGCUCAAUAUGAGCCGUGUCUGAAGGGACAUUUUAGUUGCUAUGUCUCUCUAUUUCCUAGCAUUUCAUUUGGCUAUAUUUGACAGAUUAUUUGAUAAAGAACACAAUUGCUGGCUCGCAGCCCUACUUUAGGGGAGUAAUUGUUAAAGUGAAAGUACUUAGUGACCUCUUACCCUGUGUUGACAAACCAUAUGAGCUUCAACAUCAAUGCUGUAGACAUAGCGUGCAUGUUAUCUGGUGUCUGUGAUCUCUGUUUCAGUUUGUAUUGAUAGUGUAAGUCCAUAUGAAUAACUGUUAUGUUUGUUAAGCCCUGCACCAUUACUCAGUGUGUCUCAUACGAGUAUGUUGGUGUAUUCUUCCCUUGAGGUCCGCACCGCUGUGGGUGUGUGCCCAUAUCUGCCAGCUAAAACUUACAUAACUGCAUGGAUACCGCCUGAACUCAAAUGUGGGUGUGUACUCGACACUGCAUUUAAUGUUCAAAGAACCGCAAAUGAUUUACACCCUAAAGUUCUUCUAAAGAUGUACCCAAAGACAAUUUAAUGACUUAAUAACAAAAGGUUGCCAGGACAAAGUUAGACAUGUUGUGUUUGCUGCCACACCUCAGUGUCUGUCAGCUUUCCAAGGGAGCUGUUUAUCUUUGAGGGUACGGAUGGGUAUACGGUAGAUUUAGCUUGAGAGGGUAUUAGCAGGAGGAUGUGCAGAUAAUCAACUGAGGUUGGGCUCUAAACAUGCACAGACAGCAGCAGUGUGUACCCAUAGAGGUAACUCUAGUGCAUGCCUGGGUGUGCAAGUAUGAGCUCGCCUGUUAAAAAACUAAAAACUAAAAUACAUCAACUUGUUGUACAAUAUCUGGAUUACAGAGUUAGUUUAGUGUAUGGCAAAUGCACACACCAAUGCAAAUAAAGGCCCAGGUAGGCUUUGCAUGCUAGAUAUAACAGAGGACAGAGUACAUAAAAGGUUCAUAGAUGAUUCAUAAUACAAAACAGCUACAGUCAGUUAAUAACCAAUCUAGAUGUCUAAGAUCUGCUUCAUUAUUUAGUAUAUUUCAAAAGGUUUACUAGAGCCCAGAUUCGUGUAGGAGUUAGAAGCAUGUCACACCAAACCUUAUUCAAAAAUCUGUCAACUCAAAUCAUCUUAACGUAGACCAACAUUUACCAUAACACAAGUUCAAUACGACCAAUUAACAGGUAUUCUACACAUCCAUAACACGUGUUUAGUCCAAAAUAGCGGUAAAAACAUAAUUUAGUCAAAAUUUGACUUUCCUCCCAAGUUAUUCCCGUUUCCGUUUGCUGUCAAACAUGAUAUGGUGGACAGUGUUGAGCCACGAACCAGGUGUAAAAUGAUAAAUUAAGGGAAAGCUUAAUGCCGAAUUAAAUAAAAUGCGUUAAUGGAUAGUGAGAACUUUUUUUUAUCGACUAUGGAAGACGUUUAUUUUCCCGGACACGAGUUUAAGCAUAAACCUGCAGAUUUAUAGCCGGAGUUUGGUGGAGUUUUUCCCUGUACAAGAGAACUGCUCGCAGCGCGGUUCCAAACUCACCAGUGAGCGAACAGAGGGGUAACAAGUGCUUUUCCACAUUUAAAAGGCCAAUCCGAAGCACAAUAAAAACAUGAUAAUUACAAACUAAUUGGUAAAAUACCCUUUAAAGACAUGUUUUUCUUCUACCUUGCAGUUGCAGUCGGUGUUCCUCUGGCUGUUCGGUACUGAGACGUAUCUUUCUCUCCUCCUACAACUCUGAGCUCCAACUCUCCUGCGUCACUUGUUGACAUCCUACUUUAACCAGUUCAGAACCCUGUCAUCCUCCCCCCUCCUCCCACAGAGGAUGCAGGACAGUGUGGACCUGACUCCAGACGCCAGAGAGAAGUGGCCGUGAUCAUCACGAGGACAGUCAGAAAUCACGCUCUGGGAUCAGAUUUAUUCUUGUUGGUUUUAUUCCGGCUUUUUCCCUACCAAUCCUUCACUUAUUCCCCUUGACUCGGGACAGCAUGACGGAGCUUGGACUUGCACAAUUUGGAUUAUUUAAAUGAUGGUUCGCUUCAAAUGCACAUUUCCACGGAGCUGCAGCUGACGUUUCAUUCAAAGUCCGACUGGAUUUCAAACAGCGUGAUGGAUACAAAUGAGUUCACAGUACUGAAACUUUUUGUUGUUGGGAUUUUAGUCAAUGCCUGGAUGAUAAGAGGGUUGUCAGCCACUGACGGUUUCAACAUAGAGCCCACUCCCCUCCGUCCGAGGAAAGCCUGCAAUGAGUCCCGUCUGCAGUGGGAGGUGGAGGUCUGUGGAGAGGACUUCAAGCGGAGCAUGGGUCACAUAGAUCCACAAUACUGGUGUAACCUCACACACUUCAUCAGUGAGUACAACCUCUUCACCCUCUGCACAGAGGAAAAGUCCCAAAUCGUCAGCUGCUACUGGCCCAACCCGCUGGUAGAGAGAUACAUCAUUCGUAUACACAAGCACUUUUUCUCCAACUGCACCUUGGAGCAGGUGGUAUUAGUGGACCCGCCGGACAACACGCUAACCAUCCUCAUCCUAGUACCAGUUUUCCUCACAUUGGCCAUGAUCGCCCUGGUGGUCUGGUGCAGCAAGAGGAGUGAUAUCCUGGCCUAAGACAUGAGGAAAUGGAUGGAGACGAAUGACAGAAUUCAAGGUCCCAACGUUCUCUAUGAAAACAUUUCUGUUAGAAGGAAUGCACAGAGUUUUUUGGAGAUUGCUUCAGUUGGUCAAAUUACCCCAUAAACCACCUGAACUUCCUGUGGAAACAAGGAAAUCAGACAAAGGCAACGCUAAAUUGUAUUUUCUUGAGUUUGUUCACGGUUCUGACAUUGGCAUACUGUCACUCAACAUGUUCAUCAAAUGUGUAAAUUCUUAACUGUUUUUUUUUGUGGAAAUACUUUCAUUUGUUCUGUAAAAAUGUAGGAGCUUGAUCAGAGCUAGGUAUAAAGGUUGGUUAUGGAGGGAAUAUACGCCACUGUAAAAUAAUAUAGUUUCGCUUUGGUUUAAGAUAAAAAUGUCUUAAACAAAGUGAGCUUUAAAAGUCGAUCUUGUUACAUUUGUAUAAAGCCAUAUUAGCUGUUGUUGUUUCCGUUCUUGAGCGAAGCUAACCAGCUGCUAAUAGUACCUUCUUUUAUUUGAGCAUACAGACAUCAGAGGAGUAUCAAUCUCCUUUAAGAAGCGAGUAAACCCAUUUCCUGGUUGCUGAACUAUCCCUUUAGGACACAGUGGACUUAGGUCGUUUGACAACACUUAUUGGGUAAAUUGACCAGCAGGAUCGAAUAAAUCUGUGUGUAUUCUUCAAAGCUCAUGCAUCCGGACCGUUGACCUCGGGGAUUCUCGUCAAAGCACUGAACCGUUGCUGAAGGCCAAAGUAUCCACCAAUCGUGAGAGGUAAGUCUAAACUGGUCAGAAAUUAGAUUCCCAGAGGACACCGUUUGUUAAAUAUUUUAACAUGAUACUGUAUGAUUGGAUAAAAAAGAAGCCAAAUAUGGACUUUAUAUUGAUUCUGCAAGUGUGUUAGUUGCUGAAUAAAAUGCCACUACUGGAAGAGGAUACACUGGUGUGCAACCCUAAGACAAGGCAACACUAUGAUUCAUAUAUUUGGGGAAUUUCUUGUGUUAUUACCUGAGCCUUGACUGCUUUGUCAGAUACUGUUGAAUAAAAUACCAAGAGGGAUUCUCAAUGGAAACAGAACUAUGGACUGAAAUUGAGACCUCACACUGUACAGUUUUGCUUUCUGUUUGUGCUGUCUACUGUAUCUGCAUUUCCUCCCAAGUGAGAAGUACACACUGAUGCUUUGAAGUGAAUUCCUUUAGAGAAAAGGCUUCAGUUAAUGUACACACUUCGUCGGUUCUUUGAACUGCGGUCAUCAACAACCACGAGGCAAACUAAACCAAGCUUUUUUAUUUUUCUUCCAAAGCAUAAAGCGUCAAUGCCUGUUGUCUACGGAAACUGAUUAAAUCUGUCGUACAAUAACUGGUUGCUCUGCUAUUCUUUGUGAUGCAAUGUUUCUUAGCUUAUGUCUGUGAAUCAAUGUAUAGGAGUGUUCUUCACAAUCAAAUGCAUUUAUUUAUUUUGUAAUUCACAACGCUUGUAAACCAUUUGUAAACCAUGGGAAAACAUUGUUAAUUUAUAUGUUCUGUUGCAUUUUUUUAUUUUAAAUACAAUGUCCAUCACUGAAAUUUGAGAUAUUUCUAUAAUCUAUGUAAACAAAACAAUGCCACUUGCAACUUUUGGCCUCCUCUCUUUGUAUUUCACCAAACACUCCGAUAUGAUGUGAUAUAAUACAACAAAACUUAACAAUUUAGAUGUAUUCAUAUAGUUUCACAGCACAGGAACAUUUAAACAGGGCACUGGUUUUGAGAUUUUGCCAGUAGAGGAAGUAAAAUGCCUUUCAUAAAAUCAAAUCCCAAUUUGACAUUGUGUAUGGUUGCCAUCUUCCCCCAGGUGUGGCCAUUUAAUGUAUUUACGAUCGCUUACAUUGCUACCAGUGGAGUUCCCAAUCUGGAUUCAGGCGGCCUCCCGGAGUUUUUAAUGUAGCAUUGUUUUUGCGUACCCUACCAUUGAAAGAGCUUUAGGAAUUAGGUGUUUCCACAAUGAGACCAAACUGCUCACAAAUCAAACCUGCAUAUCCAAACCCUUUCACAGCGUGUGAAUGUAAGUGUCUGUGUAAGAUUAAAAGGAAAGUGGCUUUCAUCAACGUGUAAAUAUUAUACUUUGAAGAUCUGCUCACUGAAUUAUUUAACUUAUAUUAUAUACAAGGCAAUUAUUAACCCAAGAUCAAUCCCAGACACUCUAAGUCCCAGUUUGCAUUUUGAUCUGUAGUCCAAAUGAAGGAACACUGGCUCUGUUUAACCACAAGUGCUGACACAUCCAAUUUCUGAUGUAUCCAAUCUGCAUGGUGCCAAAGGAGCGUGAAAUUAAACUUGUCUCAACUUUAUUAAGCUAUACUUAUUCACUUCUGUGUUCACAUUUAAAAUGACAGUACGUUUACAGAACGAUCAUGAAAUUUCAAAGGCACUGCUGGUGAUAGGUGGCUUCAGUUAUUCUGUCGGACUAGAAGUUAUCACUGCUAUGAACUGGAUUAAGGCAAAGCAAAUCAAUGAAAAAACUUUGUGUUGAAUAAACUUCAGCUUCUUUGUA